AUGCCCACCCUUCAUGUUCCGGCCGGGUCUUCAGACCACCUCCAGAAUAUAGCCGACGCGUUAUGGAAGGCGAAGAAGGUGGUGGUUAUCACAGGAGCUGGAAUCAGUACUAAUUCUGGGAUCCCUGACUUUCGAUCGGAGAACGGGUUGUAUUCCAUGAUUCAGAGCCAGUCGCCGCGCUCUCUGUCGACCCUCAAAGGGCGUGAGCUCUUCGACUCCUCCAUCUGGUCAGACCCUCUGAAGACCUCCGUAUUUUACACCUUCGCCACCAACCUUCGCCAGAAAUCUCGCGAUGCCUCGCCAACCGGCUGUCAUCACUUCAUCAAUCACCUCUCAAAAGCUGGAAAGAUGGUCCGCUGCUACACGCAGAACAUUGAUCUUCUCGAAGACAAGGUCGGUCUCUCGACGCGUCUUCUUCUUGCGGACUCUGGUACCUCAACUCCAGAACAUAACAAAGGCGUAGAAUGCGUCUUCCUCCACGGUUCGCUCCGCGCCCUGCGCUGCUUUCAGUGCGGAUGUGUUGCCGACUGGGACGAGGGGGAUCGGGAGCUGCAGACAAUGUCGGGCCAACAACCGCCUUGCCCUCGAUGCGAAGACGCGACCGUUGCCAGACAGGAGCGCGGCAAACGUGCGCUCGGUGUCGGAAAGUUGCGGCCGGACAUUGUCCUCUACGGUGAAGAGCAUCCGGAGUCGCAUCGGAUCUCGACCAUCAUACAACACGAUAUCUCUCUGGCACCCGACAUGCUCAUCGUCAUGGGGACGAGCCUCAAAGUCCACGGUCUCAAAACUGUUGUCAGGGAAUUCGCAAAGACAGUACAUAAUAGAAAGGACGGGAAGGUUAUUUUCGUCAACUAUACAAAACCAGCCGACAGCGUUUGGGCCGACGUAUUCGAUUUUUGGAUCGAGAUGGACUGCGAUGCUUGGGUUCAGGAUUUAAAAGAGAAAAAGCCCAUCAUGUGGCUUCCUCCGGGAUCUGUCGAGGAG